AUGUUGGGGUCGAGCUCAGAUUCAGAGCCAGAUGUUCAAGCGAAGCUGGUCUUGGACUCAUCUGAUGACUCAGAAGCUGAGGAACCACAAAAUCCACUUGUUUCCGUUGAAUUACCGUUAUACCUCCAGCCUUCGAGAUCCGAGUCUUCCCAAUUGUCCACGUUCAGACCCACUAGGGAUCUCAACGUUUACGAGCUCUCUGCCGAUGAAGCCAAUGCCUUGGGCUUGCAAAACGAGACUUCGGUGCUUUCCAUCGACCGGGAGGAAACACUCGCGCUUCUAGGGAUAUACACUCUUACUGUUUUGAAGGGGUCUGUUUCCAUACUCGGCGUAACGUUGUCUGCCUCAAAAAUAGCUCAUCAUGUAUUCGUCCCUCGUUCUGCUCCGAUUCCCAUAUUACGAUGCGCCUCGUCGGACGCACAUGCCGAUUUGAGCAUAUAUUCCCUUCCUCCUCGCAUCAGACAUAAUCACGGCGGAGCUGUAGUAGCGAUUCAAUCGCUCGAUACAGGCGUGGAAGGUCUCGGACGUGUAUGUCGCGUCUUCGAUGGAGUUUUUGAACCUUCGCGUUGGCAGCGGAGCUCGGCAGAGGUUAUACGGCCUGGCGUGAGCUUGGUGACGCACAGCACCAGGGACGUGCUGCCGUUCAUACUACCAGAAUCAUGGAGUUUUGCCCUGAGCGCCGCAGAGACACCACCAUCUUCAGCAGAUCCCAUACCCCUCUCGGUGUAUGUUGUCAAGGGUCCGAAAAAGUCUGGAAAGAGCACGUUUGCUCGGACGCUCUUGAAUAGGCUUCUGGCGAGAUUUCAGCGCGUUGCGUAUCUCGAGUGCGACGUGGGGCAAUCCGAAUUUACACCUGGAGGCUUGGUUGCCCUAAACGUCAUCGACAACCCGGUAUUUGGUCCGCCUUUUACGCAUCCUAAUCUUCCAUACCGAGCCCACUACGUUGGAGCAACUUCACCGCGGUGCAGUCCGGCACACUAUCUUGCGGCCGUUGAAGCGCUCCUCGAAACGUACAAGCUCGAGGUUCAAACUUCCAUGCCCGAUGACGAGUCGAUUGACACGCGGGUAACCGACGUCACUCCCCUAGUGAUCAAUACAAUGGGGUGGACCAAGGGUCUCGGUGCUGACCUGAAUGCCAAGAUCGAGGAACUUGCCGAGCCUACUCAUGUAUUCGAGAUCAUCGGUCCAGAAGAGAAAGGUUGGCCAACUGCUCCGCCAGCCUAUGAUACUCUUUACAACCAGCCUGCGCCGAGCAAGGCGUUCCAGUAUACCCUUGAAGCAAUUUCACCGAAUUUAACAAAUACGCAUUUUAACGCCGUCGACCAGCGCAACUUGAACAUCCUGUCUUAUUUCCAUGCUAUCUUUCCAUCCUUUACAUCCGCGCCAUUUCCAACCAAAUGGGAGACCUCUCAUCCUCUCUGUGCCCGGUAUCCGUACGAGGUGGACUGGAGCCAGGCAUUUGACCAGGUCAUCUUGAUCGGUGCAGGAUACGAGGACGUAAUUCCCUUGGAGAUCUCCAAUGUCUUAAACGGCGCGAUCGUUGGCCUUGUUGAAUGCGAGCCUGGAACUGAAGAUCCAGUGUAUCUGGACCCUUGUGGCGCCCGGGAAUUGCCAUAUGCCCAGGCUAGACAUCCGCUUGCACCCUCAACCUCCACUUGCCAUGGCCUUGCCCUCAUUCGUGCUAUCUCGCCUAGUUCAUCGCACAUGCAUAUCCUCACCCCGGUUCCGCCCGCUGUCCUUGCGCGUUGUCGGGUGAUCGUCAAGGGUGAGCUGGAGCUGCCUAUCUGGGGAAUGCUCGAUUUUACGGACGCGAAUGAAGGGGUUGCGGGUGUAGAGAAGGGCCGUGUGCCAUAUUUGCAAUGGGGUAAGAGUGAAGGCUUGGGCGGCGAGCGCAGGAGGGUGAGGAGAAAUCUCAUGCGAAAGGCCCAAAUGUGAAGUAUACAAAUAAAAGUACACUACAACCAGUAUUACAGCAAUUGCCGUCGCAUCAAAAGUACAUCACUCAAACACGAUAACUAUAUCUGGACCUUUGUUGUCCAGCCAUCUCUUCCAAAGUCUGCUAUAUUUUGGCGACCACGGCCGGCGUAAUACCUGCUCGUCUGGCAGAAGUCGCGCAAUUCGCUGCAUUUCUUUCAGGUCUCCGUGAGAAUGAUACUUCAUGCGCAUAGCUGC